AGCUGCGAACGAGGCGAUCCAUAUUUCUUUUUGAUUGAUCUACAGCCGAAGGCCGGCAUGCAAAAAUGCAAUUCAGGCAGCGAGGAGCAGAAAAGCUGAGGAGCAGCAGCUCACAAAAACCAGAUACAGAUACGGCGAAAUAAAUUCCAGUACAAUUAGCAGUCGCUUAUUUUUGUUUCAAAUUUUUGUUUGUCCAUUUUUGUUUUUUUGUUUUUCCUGACACGCUUGUCGUUGACAUGCAAAGUUACUUAAACCAAACAAAACGAACAUUACACGACAAAAUACUAAAAACUAAAAAAAAAAUCAAGGGGAGGAGGUCGACGUUUACUUUAAACUACUAUCUAAAAGGUCGUCGUUUUCCGGGGGGUACGAGGGGCCCCAAGAUGUUAGCCGUUACAAGCGACCAAAAGACCAGCCAAAUAGUUGAUGGAGUAAUUAGAGAACGUUCAAGUUCGCUUAGAGCCAGAAACAAAACGAGAAACUAUUUAGUUUUGCCAUUUUGACGGUUUUUUCUAUUCUACCCAUUCACGUCAAUCACCGUGAACAUUGAAAAAGUGUCUCUUUGAUAAUUUGCUGAUGGCGAAUCUAAUUUUCUGUCGGGAAUUAUCAUAUAUUCGUACGUUUUAUGACAUUUUAAGCGAACUUUUGGUCAUUAAGGCAGCCAUAAAACGGUGACUUUAGUAACCCGAAAACCAGGAAGACGGCAAUUCGUUAAACUGUGAUUUACUAGCCAUGAAUCACAGUGACGAACGGGGAUGAGUCAUGGGAAAGUGGAUGGAUAGACUUUCACUGUUUCCAGGAAAAUAUGAAAUGGACCAACUUCCAUGGUACUAAUAACAUUUUAUGAAUGGGUUUUAUGUAAAAAGGUUUCUUAGAAUAUGUAAAACUACAUCGUAAAAUGUUUGUAAGCUGUUUAAAUAUUCAGCAACCCACAAAAGGCACUGAAUAAAUAAUAAUUUGAAUAACUGAAAGGGCACCACUCAAUCAAAUUUAAUUCAUUAAAGAAAAAAGGCCUAUCGCAGAAUCACCCAACCAUGUAUGAUUAAUUAAAUAAAAAGUCCCAUUUAAAAACUGCUAAUACCCGUGUUAAUUAUUUUAUUAACUGAACUGUAUUUUAAGCACUCCCAUUGACCAUUGUGAUCGUAAACAAAAGCUUUCAAAAUUAAAAUAAACUAUGACAUAUGUGAUUUAAUCACACCCGAAUUAAACGCCAAUAUAAUCCAUGCAUAGCAUGGGGAAAAAUGUGACAUCAGACCUGCGGUAAUCAGUACUAUAUUUUUGUGAAAUUGUUUCGUUCUAACAGUACAAAAAGCAAUCAAUCUUUUUUGCCAACGUCUCUCGCACGUCCUAAGAAAGCGUAAUUUAUGCGAUUUAAUUUAAUCGCCAGCAUGUAGAGCAAAUAAUCGUUCGUCACUCCAGAUUUGGUUGCUUUCCGCAUAGCUACCAAUUAAGAGAGUUUUACGAUUGUUCAGUUCACUUCACGGUUAGCAUUACCAUUAGCCGGCCCCCAUUAACGUUCUUUUCUUCUUGCCCUCUGCUAAUAUUUCCACCUUUUGAUAUCCCUCUGAGUAACCCCCGAAAACCCCAGACCCCCACUGUUUAUAAAGUGGCCAACUAAUUCGUUAGAAUUGCGUAAACAAAACAUUUUCGUACGCUCAACGCUUUCUAUUUUUUACUUUUUGGCCCCGUUUAAGCCAGCGGCGACAGGAGUAUUAAACCUUAUCUUAAUUAUAGAUCAAUUAUGGUAGUGGAGGCUACCAUACACACUGGGCAAAUAUAUUCCACCGCACAUCAUUAAUUAUAAGUGCAAACUGAAGUCAGCCAUAUGGGAAAGGUAAGCGUGCAAAUGGAACAGAAGUUAACUAAUGCGUGUCGCAACUCCACUCUUUCAGACAAGUUAAGGGUUAUUAAUAAAUUAGUCUGGAAGGUUGUGGUUAAAAAUAAAUGUUUAAAUGUGUAUAUUCUAUAAAAAAUGGGAUCUGUGUUUUUAUAGACAUUAUACCAAACCAAUUUAUGACCAAUUAAGGCAACUCAAAAUAAACAAGAAACAAUUGCAGUAUAAACAGAAAUUAUUCAAUAUAUCAGCCUUGUUUUUAUUGAAACCACGUUAGCCAAAUGUCAAAAAUUGAAUUUACUAAAUGUAUAAAUUUUCUAAAAUAAUAAAAAUCCCAUAUCUACAUAUAUUCGAAACACAAAAAUGGGCACCUGCCAUGAAUUUUGAUGGGGGUAUGGAUGUCCCCCGGUGAUUAGUUCGCAUUAUAUUGUACAAAUUGCACAAUUACAAUUAAAUUAUACGGCACAGCGUAAAAUGUCUGAUUAAUGACAACCACCCCCCAAUUCCGAUCCCCUUGUCAACCCACAAAAAAAUAUGGGAAACGAGAGCAGGCAAACAGAUGUGCGGCGAUAUUCAAUUUAUAUGUUUGGUAUACAAAAUAAUAAUAAUUAUUUUUUAAUAAUUACUGCACUGGGGCCGCAAUCUGUUGUUUCUCGAUGGUCAUUGUUAGUACGAUGAGUGACGCCUUUCUGCUGGGAUUACUAGGCUGCCUCAUAUUGCCGGUUCUGUGGCAGCCAUCGUUGGCAACCCGCGAUUUCGAGAUACGUUGGCGGGACAUCAACUGUUCGGUCGUUGAUCCCACGACAGCUGAGGUCUUCAAGUGCGACAUUGUGGAAAUGCCCAAGAAGCAGGGCAAUUUCCUAAACACCUUGCUGCUGCUCCGGCGACCCAUCCACAAAUUGUGGGUGGAACUGAGUGUGGGACAGAUUGCCAAAAGAAAGGAUCGCUUUGUUCAGCAGCUCCUCAAAAUUCGAGUGGAUGGCUGUAACCUUAUCGGAUUUCAAAGCAAGAAUCGCAUUUUGAAUGCGGUGCUCAAAAAGCUAAUUCAAUCGGGAAACUACCCAGAUUCCUGCCCUCUAUUGGCGAAUGUCAACUAUACGUCCACUCGUUUUGCUCUCAAUCCGGAUCAUUUUCCGACCUACAUGCCGGACAUGAAGUUCAAUACGAAACUGGUCUUUCAGCUGGCCAGGAAUAUUAGUUUGAUCCGAGCAAGUGUGGAUGCCGAGGUGAUGAGACGGUCGUAAAGAGAAAUAUUUCAAUAAAGCACACGGAAAAGUACAUAAAACAUGGGCAAAUAAUUCGAUAUAUUUAUGCGGUUCCAUGACUAA